UGCUGCCCGGCGGCGCGUGGCGCCCCACCAAGUGCUUCGCGCGCCAUCGCGUCGCCAUCAUCAUCCCGUACCGCGACCGCGCCGCGCACCUCGCCACGCUGCUCCACGCGCUGCACCCGUUCCUGCAGCGCCAGCAGCUCGACUACCGCAUCAUCGUCGUCGAGCAGGCAGGAACGUCCCCUUUCAACAGAGCCAUGCUCAUGAAUGUAGGAUUUGUGGAAGCCCUGAAACUAUACGAUUUCCAGUGCUUCAUCUUCCACGAUGUGGAUCUUCUCCCAGAGGAUGACAGAAAUUUGUACACAUGCCCAGAGCAGCCGAGGCAUAUGUCAGUGGCUAUUGAUGUGUUCAGAUACAGAUUACCUUACCCAGACAUUUUUGGAGGUGUGAGUGCAAUGACAAAGGCUCAGUUUCAAAAAGUGAAUGGCUUUAGUAAUAUGUUUUGGGGUUGGGGAGGUGAAGAUGAUGAUAUGUCAAACAGGAUCAAAUAUCACGGAUUCCAUGUUGCACGCUAUCCCGCAAAUGUGGCUCGUUACAAGAUGUUAACUCACCGCAAGCAGCGAGCCAAUCCUAAGCGGUAUGAGAUGUUGUACACCGGACGCAAGCGAUUCAAAACAGAUGGACUGAAUAGUUUGAGAUAUGCACGUAAGGAGCUGAAUCUCUAUCAUACAUACACACGUCUUCUGGUGGAACUGGCAUCUCCCAGCUGAUGGAGCGCCAUCGCCAGGCUGUGGCGCGGUUAGCGCACGCUUGGUGCUUCCCAAAGCUGUGCAUUGGGCAGGAUGCUGUCAAAAGAAGUACUGCAUUAUGGCAAGGAUGGAUAUCUGCAGUUAAUUCUGAUGGAUGUUUUUCUGAACUGGCCAGCAUUCACCUGGUUCAGUUAUUUGUUUGAAAAAGAUGUGCAAUAUACAAGCCUUGUGAGUUGUAGAUAGUUAAACUGAAAUUGACUCAGACUACUCAACAAUGAAGAAAUUCUGUACUGUUUUAUAUCUUGCAAAAACUGAAUUUUUUUAAAACGUAAGUUUUAUGAAAAACUGCGCGAGUUGAUGAUCAAUUGAAGGUUCUACAGGACUUUUGUGUCAAGUUGAGAUACAUGUACUGAAGUAAGCAGCAGGCCUGUUUGCAUGGAACUGUGAAGUGAAAUACCUGUAAACAGAAAUGAGAAGAAUAUAUCUACUAGUCGACGAGUUGGGCUGUGUCUAGUCUACUGUGAGAUAUUAGUUAAAACAUUGAAAAAGGCGCACUGCACUCGCACCUUCAACAGACUUACAAAUCGUUACUUUGUUACUGGAUUUUCAGUGCAAGUGUAUAUGUGCGUGUAUGAGUGUCCAUAAUGAUUAUACAUUACUUCCCUUGUAGUCUAGAAUAAGGUUUUCUUGGAAAUGCUAUAAUUUGUGUUUUUGUUCUGUUGAUUUUAUUAGUGUGCAGAACCUAGGAUAUUGGGUUGCUUUCAUUUUUAUUUCAUGAAAUUUACUUUUUUGUAUAUAAGGCAAACCUGUAGCAUGUUGGAGUUCAAAAACAGGUUUAUGUCUUUGACUUCAUUGUAAAGCCAAGUGAUAUUUGGAAUCACUCUCAGGAACAUUGUCCCAAUGUGUGCGCUUCCACUAGAUUGUGGUUUCUUGUGACCCAGCACAGCCACCAAGGUUGUUGGCAUGGCUGAAAAAUUAAAAAUGUUUUAAUGUCUUUUGAUAAAGCUUUGUAUAAGAAGCCACUCACUAGAGGUACGAUAAUUGAUUUUAUUCAUCCUAACAGCCUGAAGCUUACAAGAGAUUACUGAAUUUGUGGGUUUAACUAUUUUAAUUUUUAAUUUUUGUUUAAUACUGCAUUUGUUGAGACUUCUAUAUAUUGUACAGGUUUUCUGGUUUAGGAAUUUGUUGUUGAUGUUUUUUUGUUUCUUUUUUUUCUGUUUAAACUCUACUGACUAGAAAAAUGAGAAAUUUAUUACUUGUGCAUGUAAAUUUCUUUCAAAUACCCAUGUUUUUUUAGGAGGCACGAAAUGUGAUGAAAAAAUUAUUCACAAUAGAUAUUCAAAGUCUUUGCAUGUUCUGUUUUGAGAAAUUAAAUUGAAGUAAAUUUUCUUUGCAAGAUGUUCAAUAAAAUCAUCAUUAUUUUCUUGUAUUUUUGUGUGUAGAGCAGAAUAAAUGAGUUUAACAUUAAAGUUUUAAAUGUGUAAGAUGCAACUCUCUCAGUUAUCAGUUUUACUGAUUGGAAAUGUCUCAAAAAGAAACAUGGGGUUUGAGGUGAGACUUGUAAAUUAAUCUCUUUGGAAUCUUGUGAUAUGAAAUGAGAUUUUAAAAAAAAAAUAUUCUGAAUGCUUAAUAAUAUUAUAUGGUUGGUAUUCUCAAAAUCCUUUCAUACACAGAUGCUAGAAAAGGUACUUUUGAAGGUAAAGUACAUGAAGUGGCAUUCUCAAUUUUUUUAUUUUAUUUUUAAGGGUUUAACAGAAUAUAAUCUCACCUCAGUAUUGCUUUAAAUUAUAUUAUAUUGCUCAAUACAUUAAUGGUUCAUAAAAGGAAUUGUGAUUAUGGUUUUGACCUCCUUUCCUAUGAGGUACUCACUGCAGUCAAUAUCACUGAGUACCUAUUAAUCUUUUUAUUUAUUCACUUCCUUUGCAUUCAUUUUUCAUGGAUCUGUUUGAUUUACCUAAUUUUGUUAUUUUUCUUGCAAUUUAUUGUCAACAUUUUCAAGAAAAAAUUUUAAAACCAUAAAAUUUUGGAAACAAAAUGGUGGACUCUAAAACAUCUAAAUUUUGAUAAGAAAUUUUGAUAAUCUACGAAUCAUGCCAUGUGUCAAAACUGUGGCAGGAAAAUUAAAUUUGCAAGUACAUCUUGUUUGAUUUGUAUUGCUAUGAUAUUGAAAGCAUCUAAAUAUUUGAAAUUCGCAGCAGAUAGUUGAAACUGCUUCAGUUCUUUUUUAUGGUAAAUUUCUAUUUAUACAUAUCUCUUAGGCAUUAGAAUUAUGAAAUAGUGUAUCAACUUGUUAUAGAAUCUAUUCAGAAGAUUUUGUAUGCCAUUUUUUGGACAUUGUUAUAGUUGAUUGUGGCCAAAUGAUUCUGCAAAUUUCUCAGAGAGUUGAAGUGAUGUUGUGCUGAAACUUCUUAGUCAAACCCAUUCUUUCCACUGGAGAUAUCGUGUGACUGAAUGAAUAUUACUCAGUUUUAACGAGAUACUUUAUUUCUUUUUACUCUCUUUUUGUAUGUUUGAAUGCAUACAUAACAAAUUAAGUAUCAGAAUAUCAACCAUUAGUUUUAUAAAAAUUAAAAAGAGGAACUUUUAUGAAUCUCAAACACCUGAAUGUUCCCAUGUUUGUUUUGUAAGGGUUUAUAUUAUAAUGAAGGAGUGUUCUAUUCAUUGAUCUUGUACCAUACAUUUUUAUCAUGAGAUAUUGUUUUGUUUAUAUACCUCCUUGAUGGUGGAUGGAUGUCUUCUUGAAAGUGAAUGAGAAAAAAAAGAUAUGUUCAUUAAAUAUCUUUGGAAAACAGGGCAUUACUAAGAGUUUGCGAAAUGCAUGACCACAUCAUAUUUGCAGAGGUAAAUAAAUCCAUAAUAAAAUUGCCCUACAUUUCCUUAUUAUAGGUAAGCUAAUUAUUAUUGUUUUGUCUGUUAGUUUUUUGGUUCAUUACUACAGUGUUAAUUUUAUUAUAAAUUACAAUUUCCAAAAAUUAUCAAAUUUUUGCUGGAUGUAGAAUUUUCUCUUAAAAUAUGUUGGUUUUGGUUAUAAGAAGAACUAUCAUUGUUCUUAUUUUUGUUGUUCAUUUAUACCAUACAGAACUUUUUAGAAAGUCAUUUGAUUUUCUAAAUUAACACAUUUACUAUGUGUGAAUAAAAAAUGAGCUACAACAGGGCAUAAAAAAAUGAUUACUCGAUGUGUGCUGAUUUUUCUGCCAAUUAAAAAAGUAUACCGACUCUGCAGGUUAUUUUCCUCAAUAAAGUACCAAGAAAGGAAGAACAAAUUCUGGUUCAGGAAGUGGGUGCAACAAACCUGUAGAUAGCUUAUGGUAUUAAUUCAUCUUGUUAUUGUAUUGUAGAAAUGAUAACAAUAUUCCUAGUGUCUACUUACAUUUUAUGUAAUGAACCAUGUACAUAAAUUCUUUUAAUAAUGCCUGUAUUACUUUCUCCCAAAAUGACCAAAAAUGUUGUACUUUCAGUGUCAUAUAUGUAUGCAGAUUGGAUGUUAUACUGUGAUUAUUAUGUGUAUUGGUGUUUCAUGUAAUGCCCCGGCCAAAUGUACUUCAGAAUAAGCGGAAGAUUUACAAGUUUAUUAUAUGAAUGAUCAAUGUUUGGUGUCACAUAGAUAUUCCUUGGGGAGUUUAACUUCAGGAUGUUUUGUUGUUUGAUGUUACAAUAAUGUUAGCACAUCCAUCUUGAUCCUCGUUGUAGAAGUAGAGUUAGCUUAAUAAGUAUACUUGAAAGAAAUAUUAUUUGAAGAUUUUUCAAGAUAUUUUCCACUGUAGUUGAGUAACAUCUGUUAAGUUAAUAAAUGAUUUUUUUAAAAUUAAAUAUGAAGCUGCUUGCUUCUGUUUUUUCAGAAAUGUUUUAAAAAUUAAAUUUUGUGGAAGUAAAUGAAUUAUCAGUAUUAUUUUAAUGUCAUCUUUAAAAUGAAUACAAUGAAACUGUUGCAUUUCGCAUUUUGUCUCUAGACAGCUGUAGGUCAGUUUGCCUUGAGGUCUGACAAACUUCCUUUUAUUGAGUAAUUUGAGAUAAACUGCAUCUCCUUUCUUCCAUUUCCUACAACAAAAGAAAAUACAGUAAAAUCUGUACAAGCCAGAAACUGCCUUAACUGGAAAAUUACUUCUGCCCAUAAAGUUAAGGGCUUUUUUACACAACUUAAAAUGGAACCUAUCACAGAAAUGGAACAGUUUUGCAUGUCCUAUAGGAAAAAAAAUUUAUAAAAUAGAAAUCCUGUGAAUUUAGUGCAAUUGGCAAAGAUGUGAAAUAUUCUUAAAGUAAUGAAUGCAUCGGCAAGUCAAUUUUAAAUUCUCUAUCCUAUGUGUUUUAAUCGUUGCAACUGCACUGUGAAGAAGAGGGGCUUCAGCUGACAGCAUAGAAUUCAACCUUGGUGGUCACUUG